CAAUCAAUAAACUUCUCAACUAACUUUAUGCAACAACGAAUCCACCUCUGAUCUCCGUCCUCCACUCCUCCUCCAACCCCUCUCUCUCUCUCUCUCUGAUGAUGUCCGGACAGACCUACAAAGUCUGCUGGUGCUUCCGGCGACGGUUUAAGCUCGCCGCGGCCGAGGCUCCGGCGGAAGUCAAGGCAUUGUUCGAUCAGUACUCGAACAACGGACUCAUGGACGCCGAGCACCUGCACAGGUUCAUGAUCGAGGUCCAGAAGGAAGAGAGUUCCACCGUGGGCGACGCACAGGGGAUCUUGAAACACCUCAAUUUGUUCCACCGGAGGGGCCUCCAUCUCGACGCCUUCUUCAAAUUCCUCUUUGCUGACACUAAUCCUCCUCUUUCCCCUAAAAUUGAGGUUCAUCAUGAUAUGACAGCUCCGUUGUCUCACUAUUUUAUAUACACGGGCCAUAACUCGUACCUAACCGGGAAUCAGCUGAAUAGUGACUGCAGUGAUGAGCCUAUUAUACAUGCAUUGCAGAGAGGUGUUAGGGUGAUAGAAUUGGAUCUUUGGCCAAACUCUGCUAAAGAUGGUGUUGAUGUCCUUCAUGGAAGGACGCUGACCACUCCAGUCGAACUCAUCAAAUGUUUGAAGUCUAUUAAAGAGCAUGCCUUUACUGCAUCCGAAUAUCCUGUUGUAAUAACUCUAGAAGACCACCUUACCCCGGAUCUUCAAGCUAAAGUGGCUGAGAUGGUCACUCAAACAUUUGGAGAAAUUCUAUUUUCUCCUGGCUCAGAAUGCUUGAAGGAGUUCCCUUCACCAGAGUCUCUGAAGAAGAGGGUUAUUAUAUCUACCAAACCACCCAAAGAAUACCUUGAGAAAAAAGAGGUCAAAGGAAAGGUGGAUGAAUCACAAAAGGCGAAAGAUUCGGCUGAUGAAGAAGCCUGGGGGAAAGAAGUCCCAGACUUUAAAGCUGGUGGCACAGGCAACGCUGAGGAUGACUUGGAUGAAGAAAUGGAUAAUCCGGAUGAAGAAGACGCAGAUGAUGGUGAUCGUAAGUCUCAACAGAUUGCAGCAACAGAGUAUAAACAGUUGAUUGCUAUUCAUGCUGGGAAGGGGAAGGGUGGAUUGAACGAAUGGCUGAGAGUUGAUCCUGAUAAAGUGAGACGUCUUAGCUUAAGUGAGCCACAGCUUGAAAAGGCUGUGAUAACUCAUGGAAAAGAGAUUGUCAGGUUUACUCAGCGGAACAUAUUGAGGGUGUAUCCAAAAGGCAUGCGCAUUAACUCAUCCAACUAUAACCCGCUAAUUGGGUGGAUGCAUGGGGCUCAGAUGGUUGCAUUUAAUAUGCAGGGCUAUGGAAGAUCACUAUGGGUGAUGGAUGGAAUGUUCAAGGCCAAUGGCGGUUGUGGAUAUGUUAAAAAACCCGAUUUCUUGUUGAAGAUUGGUCAAAAUAAUGAGGUCUUUGACCCUAAAGCUACAUUACCAGUCAAAACAACUUUGAAGGUGAAUGUUUACAUGGGUGAAGGAUGGUAUUUUGAUUUCCACCACACUCACUUUGAUGCAUAUUCCCCUCCAGAUUUCUAUGCACGGGUUGGAAUUGCUGGAGUUCCUGCGGACACUGUAAUGAAAAAGACAAAAACCCUAGAGGACAACUGGAUACCAGCUUGGAACGAGGAGUUUGAGUUCCCUUUAACAGUUCCAGAAUUGGCUCUGCUUAGGGUUGAAGUUCAUGAGUAUGACAUAUCCGAAAAGGAUGACUUUGGAGGCCAAACAUGCCUACCAGUAACCGAGCUGAGAAGUGGAAUUCGAGCUGUUCCACUCCAUAGUCGCAAGGGGGAAAGGUACAAAUCUGUAAAGAUUCUUAUGCGCUUUGAAUUUGUUUGAUACAUUCCCCUCCUUUUUUGAUUUGGCUAUAAGAAGUUUGUGUGAAUACUAAAGCUUGUUGUGUGUACUAUGUAUAAAGAAAUAAAACGUCUGCGGUUAUCCUAUCUUCUGCUACCCACUGCAAUCUAUAUUUGUCGUUAGAAA